UAUUCAUUUAGAAUAUAAUUUUAUUACUAUUAAAUAAAAUUUUCUCUCAGUGUAUAAUAAUCAAAUCCUUAUCUGCGAUACUCGUUAAUGUCAGUCCCCACUAGAUAAAGUUUAAUGAUAGAUUCUUCCCUAUAUAUUGAACUUGAUCUAACGAAAAAAACCCAGUAGUCUGUCAGCGUCUACAUAAAAAAAAUUUUUUCAAUAUUUAAUUUUUUUAUCAACAAAAAAAUGGCCAACUCAAAGCUACUUUGUAUUUUAAUUUGCACCUUUUUGGCUCUGAACGGAGUAAAUUCACAUCCAACUGAUACCAAGAAAGAUACUCUUCUCAAAGCAUACUUUCAUGAUCUGUAUGAACUGUAUCGUACAUCCUGGGCAGAAUUAGAUUUUUUGGAUGAACAAUUGAAUGAUAAUCCAAACACUACAAUAAUUGAAUUGCAAAACAGCUGGAAUAAUUCUUAUGGCUCAUUUUAUGGAAAAAAUUCUUUGGUAAUGACAACUAUGAUUCAUCAUUUACACACAUUGGAAAAAAAUACUCGAGGAUUUAGAAAAAAAUUGGAUUACAUCGCGAAAAAAACAUCUGAGAAUGUCGAUUCUAAAAUUAAAGAAUUACUCCAAUCCAAAUUGUAAAAAAAAAAUAUCUUUUUAAAUACUCUGUAUCUGAUAAGAAAACAAAUGUAUUAUAAGCCAAUUUAAAAUUACCAUAUCAAAGUGAUAAUUUAUGUUGGUGAAUAUUAAAACCAGGUUACUUAUAAAUCAGUUUUGAUGAUUAAUAAAACACAUAAAAUUUAGCGAAA